CGGGCCGACGACUGCGGCAACACGGCAUUGCACAUAGCCUGCAAGAAAGGUUCCCUCGCCUGCUUCGGCGUCAUCACCCAGACAAACCAGCGCCACCUCGCCUCCAUCAUCUCCUUCCCCAACUACAGCGGACAAAACUGUCUUCACGUAGCGUCGAUUCACGGCUACAUUUCGUUAGUGGAGAAUCUAGUUGGGCUGGGCGCGGAUAUCAACGCACAGGAGCAAUGCAGCGGUAGGACGGGACUCCAUCUAGCGGUGGACGUCCAAAACCCGGCGCUGGUCCGUCGCCUCCUUGACCUCGGCGCUGACGUUAAUUGCCUCAAUUACGGCGGGUUCACGCCGUACCACCUCACCUACGGACGGCAAAACGACGACAUCCGCCGGCAGCUGUAUGAGAAGACGGCACAGGAAUUGAGGGCCUUGCCCGACAGCGAAUCAGACGAGAGCGAUAUGGAAGAUCUGGACUUGACUGAGGAUGAGUUGUACGAUGACAUCAAGUUUGGAAAGUAAAGGCCGACGAUCUCCUGCCACUGGCGCUGUCGAGAGCUGCUAUCAGGUCACCGAACCCCGGCCCAAAGAAAGGACAAAAACCUGCCCGGGACGUCCGCCGAGUGCUGGCCCGGCGAUCACAAGAAGGAAGACGGCAUCUGCUCUGGUCUAGUUCGAUCCAGAAAACAGAAAUUAGCACCCAGAACGCACGGCGAGACCAUAAAAGGUCCAUGUGUUCUCCCCUGCAAUACUGUAGAAGGGUAUAAUGAUGUGAAUAUACCAGACUGGUCUUUUGUAGUAAAUUGUAAAUACAGAGAUAUUAUUUUUGUACCUGUAAAUAUGUUGUGAAAUGAAACACUAUCGGUGAAAUAACAUGCAAAAUAAAAAGAAAACUUGUGAAGAGUGAAUUCCAGA